AUGCUUAUCCUAAAAGGGACUAGUUUGAUCAGCGUCAAAAUAUGUACGCCUCGAAAGUUUCUGCAGGCCAUGGCGGCGUAUUCGUCGAAAGUGUCUCUAAAUGAAGUGGUGAUUGCUUCGGCGGUGAGGACUCCUAUCGGGUCCUUCCGCGGCAGUUUGGCGAGCCUGUCAGCGUCGGAGCUGGGCGCCGUGGCCGUGAAGUCUGCAAUCGAACGAGCCGGCAUUCCCAAGGAGGAAGUCAAAGAGGUAUACAUCGGUAAUGUUUGCUCCGCCAACCUCGGACAGGCACCUGCCAGGCAAGCUGUCAUUUUCGCCGGUCUGCCAAAGAGCACAAUCUGCACCACCGUCAAUAAAGUAUGCUCCUCCGGCAUGAAAUCCAUCAUGCUAGCGGCCCAAGGCCUCCAGACCGGCGCUCAGGAUGUUAUGGUCGCUGGAGGCAUGGAAUCCAUGUCAAAUGUACCUUUCUACUUAAAGCGAGGAGAAACCUCAUACGGUGGAAUGCAGCUAGUCGACGGUAUUGUCCAUGAUGGUCUCACCGAUGUAUACAACAAAUUCCAUAUGGGCAACUGCGCAGAAAAUACAGCCAAGAAAAUGAACAUCUCAAGGCAAGAUCAAGAUGACUAUGCUAUUUCAAGUUAUAAAAAGAGUGCUGCCGCUUAUGAAGCUAAGGCAUUCGCCGAUGAAUUAGUCCCAGUUCCCGUACCACAAAAGAGAGGCGCAGCGCCUGUUAUUUUUGCAGAAGACGAAGAAUAUAAAAGAGUCAACUUUGAGAAGUUUAACAAGUUAGCAACAGUUUUCCAGAGGGAAAAUGGUACAGUUACCGCUGGUAAUGCCUCUACCCUGAACGAUGGUGCCGCAGCUCUAGUUUUGAUGACCAGGGAAGCAGCAGAGAGAUUAAAAGUGACACCAAUCGCUCGUGUAGUUGGCUUUGCGGAUGGAGAAUGUGAUCCUAUCGACUUCCCUAUCGCGCCUGCAGUUGCUAUCCCUAAACUGUUAGAGAAAACUGGUGUUAAGAAGGAAGAUGUAGCGCUAUGGGAGAUUAAUGAAGCUUUUAGUGUAGUUGCUGUUGCGAAUAAGAAGAUGCUUGAUAUUGAUGCUUCUAAAAUUAAUGUUCACGGAGGAGCUGUGAGUCUCGGCCACCCUAUUGGCAUGUCUGGAGCCCGUAUUGUGGUUCACUUAUGCCACGCUCUCAAAAAGGGAGAAAAGGGCGUGGCCGCCAUUUGCAAUGGAGGAGGCGGCGCGUCUUCUAUUAUGAUCGAAAAAUUAUCUCAAGAUACAAGGCCUCCCGUUAUAACGUUUUAUACGAAAGACCCUUGUCAGUUAUGUGACAUAGUUAUGGAAGAACUAGAACCUUAUAAGAACAGAAUAGUUAUAGAAAAGGUUGAUAUAACACAGCAAGGCAAUGUAAGAUGGUUGAGGUUAUAUAGAAAUGAUAUUCCUGUCUUGUUUCUAAACGGUCAUUUUCUAUGCAUGCACCGUUUGAACAAGCCCUUACUUGAGAGAAGAUUGCAAAUUAUUGAAGGAGAAUUAGCUAAGCAGUACAGAAUGAUUCAGGAGACGUCAGGAGAAACCGUAUGCCGUGUGCAGUCAGUAUAGGUAAAAUUAACGUAA